AAUUGAUGCUGCACCCUCCUAAUGUCCGUAGCACGUGCAGACUCCAAUAAUUGAUGCCGCCAACCGCCCUGUCGAUGGCUUCUUCUCGAGGAGGAGAAGUCGUUGCAGCUGAAAAUAUCCAUCUACUAUGAGAAUCCUCUAACCUUUGUGCUCGGAGAAAGAAGGAUCAGCCCUGCACUGCGAUGUCGUCGUGGAUAUUAGCAGGCUUGGGAUCGCUCGGAUCGUCCUUAAUCGGGAGAGUGAAGGAUCAGAUCAGCGACUAUUUGAUCGGAAGGGUUUUGGAGGAGCCCGGAGUUGCUGACCUCGACAAGCUGAGGAAUACUCUUUCGGGGACUGAGCGCAUCAUCGGCAGAGUCGAGAACAUGUGGAUUAAAGAUGAAGACACGAAAAAGCGAUUGAAGGAAUUGCUGAUGAAACUGAAGGACACUGUUUAUGACGCUGACGACUUGCUUGAUGAGAUCCAGUUCCGGGUUAUGAAGCAACAGAUCGAGCAACAAGGAGCUCAGGGGUAUGAGGCAAGUAACCAAUCAUCUUCUUCUUCUCGUCUCCCUACGAGGAAAAAAAGAAAAAUUUCUGAACGUGUCAGUCGCUUCUUCGGUAGAGAAGAUGAUGAUGUGAUUAGAGUGAGGAAAAUUCAGACGAAUUUAGAUAAAUAUACUACUGACAUCGAGCAUUUCAUUGGUAAAUUAGAUGCUGAUGAGAAACAGAUGAUAACGUCAGUAGUGCCUCGAACCACCACUUCCUUUCCGAUAGAAACUCAAGUAUUCGGACGAGACGAACAGCUGAAUCACCUUCUGGAACAGUUGAUGAAAUCGGCCGAUGGAUCCGGAUCCAGCAACAGUAGCAUCUCUACCUUGACUAUUUUUGGGAUCGGCGGGGUCGGAAAGACUACUCUUGCUCAGCAUGCCUACCACCACGAGAAGGUGAAGGACUAUUUUCAUCAUAAGGUCUGGGUCUGUGUAUCCGACGACUUCAACGUGGAGAGGCUUACAAAAGAGAUCAUAGAAUCCUUAACCCGAAAGACGUGUGAUCUCAGCAACCUUAAUACACUUCAAGAGGAAGUUAAGGAGAAGUUGACCUCAAAAAGGUUCCUUCUUGUCCUCGACGAUGUGUGGGACGAGAACAGACAGAACUGGGAUAGAUUUCGUGCACCAUUGGGGUACGGAGUACCAGGAAGCAAGAUUUUGGUUACAACUCGCUCUGAAAAGAUUGCAGAAAUGGUUGGCAAUCGGAUCCAUCUAGGAGGUCUGGAUGAAGCCAGCUAUUGGAAAUUGUUCAAAAAAUGUGCAUUUGGUUCCGAAGACGCCGGUGAAUUUCCACAGCUAGAAGCCAUAGCAAAGAAGAUCGUUGGCAGGUUGAAGGGGUUGCCACUUGCGGCAAGGACGGUAGGCGGGUUGUUGAAGGCGCAGAUGAAUGAGGAACAAUGGAGAAUCAUCGCAGGGAGUGAAAUAUGGAAACUACCGCAAAACGUAGAGAGUGUCCUGCCAGUCCUACAACUGAGCUAUCAAUGUCUUCCCUCACACCUAAAGCGGUGCUUUGUUUUCUGUUCCCUCUUCCUCAUAGAUCGUCCGUUUGAUGAACGAGACUUGAUCCGACUUUGGAUGGCAGAAGGCUACGUUGCUCAAGACAACAAUAUGACGAUGGAGGAUACAGGAAGCCGCUACUUCCUUGACUUAGUGAAUAGGUCUUUCUUUCAGGAAGCUCCUUGGGGAUCGAUGUAUGUGAUACAUGACCUCAUACACGAUCUUGCUCAAUUUAUUUCAGAGGGAGAGUUUUGCAGGAUCAAUGAUGAGUCGAAAGAGGUCCCUAAUACGACUCGUCAUCUAUCAGCAACAUUAACCGAUGGAACUAAGUUAAUGGAGCUCUCUUGUUAUGAUAAAUUACGGACCCUCGUGAUUAAAUCCAAGAAUUUUUGGUUUGGCUUUCGAGUCGGGAGCCCUUUGUUCAUUCAGUUUGAAAAAUUAAAAAACAUUCGAGUGUUGAUAUUGCAGGGGUGUGGCUUGCGGGAGUUGCCUGAGACAAUUGGUGAAUUGAUACACCUCCGCUACCUUGACAUAUCCUACAACCGUCAGAUUUGUAGACUGUCGGAGUCACUAUGUGGUCUUUACAAUUUGCGAGUACUGUUUCUGCAGGGCUGUGAACUACAGAGUUUCCCGCACGGCAUGAGCAAGUUGAUCAACUUGAUGCAUCUUAACGCAGCAGACGAAAUAAUUUCCAAGAUAAAUAAUGUUGGGAAGCUGACUUCUCUUCAAGGAUUGUCUUCAUUCAAAGUACUCAAGGAUCAGGGACACGAGGUUGCCCAAUUAGGCAGUCUGAAACAACUUCAUGGACGACUUCGAAUUACCAACCUCGAGAACGUUGAGAGUAAACAAGAAGCAAGCAAGGCUAAUCUGAACAACAAACAGUACCUUGAUGAACUAGUCUUAGAAUGGACAUCAGAUGAUGGCUCUAGUUUGGACGGCAAUGAAUUAGUUGUGUCGGAGGAGGUACUCGAAGGUCUCCAACCACAUCAGGCUCUCAAACGUUUGACGAUAGAAGGGUACAGUGGUGUCAGAUCACCCAGUUGGCUGCAGGCACAAUUGUUAGUGCAUCUGGGAACUCUUAGAUUGAUAAACUGCAAAGCAUGGAAGGAUCUUUCAUGUAUUGGACAGCUACCGAAUCUGAAGAACCUUUACGUGGAGGGAAUGCCAGCAGUGAAACAAAUAAGUCAUGAAUUAAGUACAGAGAGCAAGUUCUUGCCUAAUCUGGAAGAGCUAGUGCUGGAGAAAAUUGUGGCAUUGGAGGAACUCCCGAGUCUUGGACAACUGCCGUGUCUCAAGGUUCUCCGCAUCGAGAAAAUGCCAGCAGUGAAGAAGUUGGGCGAUGGAUUCUUUGGUUCCAGAGACCAAGGCAAGUGUUUUCCUAGCUUGGAGGAGCUCAAGUUCUGGGACAUGCCAGAAUGGGAAGAGUGGACUUGGGCUGAUGAUCGACAGUUGUUUCCCUGCUUGCGAAAUCUUGAAAUUGGAAGUUGCCCGAGGCUUAAGAGGAUGCCUCCCCUCCCUACUUCAGUUGAGUCACUAUCAUUAUGUGAAGUCGGGUUGACAGAAGUUCCAAGAUUGUGGGAAGAAAUCGAUGGAAGUAGCAGCAGUAUGAUCGUUUCAGAAUUGAAAAUAUAUAGUCUUGAAGAGAUAAAGCUGGUGGACAUCCCAGAAUGUGAGGAACUCCCUUGUCUUGGUCAACUGCCGGGUCUCAAGGUUCUUCACAUCGAGGGAAUGCCAGCAGUGAAGAAGGUGGGUGAUGGAUUUUUUGGUUCUAGAGACGAAAGCAAGUGUUUUCCUAGCUUGGAGGAGCUCACGUUCAGGGACAUGCCACAAUGGGAAGAGUGGUCUUGGGCUAAUGGCCGACAGCUGUUUCCCUGCUUGCGAAAACUUCAAAUUGAAAGAUGCCCGAGGCUUAAGAGGUUGCCUCCCCUCCCUCCUAAAAUUGAAUCACUGUCAUUAUGUCGAGUCGGGACGACAGAAGUUCCAAGGUUAUGGACAAAAAUCGAUGGAAGUAGCAACAGUAUGACAGUUUCAGAAUUAAAAUUAUGUAGUCUCGAAAAGGUCGAGCUGAAGGACAUCCCAGAAUGUGAGGGACUCCCUUGUCUUGGACAACUCCCGAGUCUCAAGGAUCUUUGCAUCGAGAGAAUGCCAGCAGUGAAGAAGGUGGAUGAUGGAUUCUUUGGUUCUAGAGACCAAGGCAAGUGUUUUCCUAGCUUGGAGGAGCUCACGUUCACGGACAUGCCAGAAUGGGAAGAGUGGUCUUGGGUUGAUGAUCGACAGUUGUUUCCCUGCUUGCGAAAUCUUGAAAUUGGAAGAUGCCCGAGGCUUAAGAGGUUGCCUCCCCUCCCUCCAUCACUUGAAACAUUAGAAAUAGAUGAAGUCGGAUUGACAGAACUGCCAGGGUUAUGGGAAGGAAUCCAUGGAGGCGGCAAUUGCAUAACUGCUUCUCUUUCAACAUUGAGAAUACGAAAAUGUCCAAAUCUAAGAAAUCUGGAAGAAGGGUUGCUAUCGCACAGCUUCCAAAAUAUCGGUGACAUUGCGAUAUUGGAAUGCGCUGAACUCGUGUGGCUGCCGGUGAAGGAGUUUAAAGAACUCACCUCCCUUGAGAAGUUGUCAAUCAGCAGUUGCCCGAAGCUCUUGAGCAUGACGCAAGAUGGGGACAAUGACAUCCUCCUCCCACCCUCAACCAAGGAACUAAUGCUGUCUGACUGUGGGAAUCUGGGAAAAUUGCUACCGGGCUGCCUGCACAACCUGACCUCACUCACACGAUUGGAAAUAGGCGGCUGCCCGUCCAUAGAGUCUCUUCCUGAAACGUCGCUGCUUCACCUGAAACGACUUGAAUCUCUGAGCAUUUGGAAAUGUGGUGAGUUGAGAUCAAUAGACGAGUUGCGAGCUCUCAAAUCCCUCAGAGAAUUGACCAUCAAACUAUGUCCCAAGCUGUUGCUGAAUGAAGGGAAUGAGCAAGUGGAGGGUUUGUCGGUGCCUAAAUUAUGCAUCGACGACACAGCCCUGUUUAAACUAUCGCUCUUAAGAAGGACACUUCCAUACGUCCGUGUUCUCACAAUCUCAAACUUUCCUCGAGCGACGAUGUUUGGUGAGGAGGAGCAGUUGUUUCGAAGCCUCACAGCUCUCAGAUCGCUAAAAUUCAAGAAUUGCAAUAAUCUACAAUCGCUACCGAGAGAGUUGCAUGCCCUUCCCUCCCUCUGGCUUUUAACAAUAAUUGGAUGUCCGGAGAUUCAGUCGGUACCGGAGAAGGGGCUGCCGACGUCCCUCAUGAAUCUACGUUUCGAAGGCUGCGAUGCGAUGCUGACGGAGCAGCUGGAGAAGCACUUGGCCGAGAUGAAGAGUUCGGGUCGAUUUUCGAAUAUCACCCAAUGGAAUAUAUUAAGAUCGAAGGAGUAGCUCAUUUGUGGAUAUGAUAUGAAGAAAGAUUUAAGUGUCUUUUGUAUUGAACAAUAUUGCACAUUUAGAUUAUUUUGUAUGUGUGUUAUUCGAACUUGAAUGUUAUAAACUUUUAAGAAGUUAUCCAUUUUGUUGUAUGUGUUGUGAGUGGAUUGAUUAUAGAUUGAAAUAUGUAAUAAAUAAGAUUUUUUAAUCUUA